UCUGUUCUCCCUAUUUUAUUUAGAAAAUCUUUGGGCUUCUAUUCUCUCUCUCUCUCUCUCGAGCGUUUUCUUGUCUUCAAGCCAAGGUUCCACACAACAUCCGACCCGAACCACCUAACCCACCCAUCUGUCGACGGUCGGGUAUCCAUUUUCAUGGUUUAACAAUCUCCGGUAGGACACAAUACUAGCAUCUUCUUUUCUGUCCUAAACUCCCAAAGUACUUGUUGAUUAUAUUUUCUACUACUUUUGCUGAAACGACGCCGCCAGUUACCGGUUUGCCCCUGAGUUGGUAUAACACAAAAAAGUUGUUAAAGUUGAAAAGACCCUGUCUUCCUCGGUGCUUUAACAACUUUCAGAUUUAGAGUUUAUAAAGAAGGAACUUGAGCUAGUAUAAAAUGGAGUUGAAUACUAUCAAGGAUGCGUUUGAUCGCGUUACGAAGAAGCAGAAACUGUCAUCAUCAAAAUCCCAAGAAAUCAUAGAACAAAUUAGCCAAGAGAUAGAACAAGCCCUGUCAAGCAUAGGACCAGGUGAUGAUAUUAUGACUCAGACUGAUCCUAGGUUUAUGUUAUGUGAACUAAAAGCCAAGUUGAAAGAAAUCGGGCCUCUCAGUCAGCUUGAAGUGACACAGAAGGAAUUAAAUGUGGCAUUAAGCAAGUACCCAAAGCUCCUAGAGAAAUCCUUCAAUCCUGAUAUAUCAAAGGCUUACAGAAAUAUUGAUUUUGAUAUCCACACAGUGAACCAGAUAAUUGCCAGCCACUUUUAUCGGGAAGGGCAUUUUGAUCUCGGUGAUUGUUUUGUACAUGAGGCCCGGGAACCGGAAGCUGAAGCUGCAAAGUCAUCUUUUGCCGAAAUGUACCAGAUACUUGAAGCCAUGAAAUUACGCAACUUGGAGCCUGCUUUGAAGUGGGCUGCUACCAAUCAUGAUCAGCUUAACCAAAAUGGUUCUGACAUUGAAUUGAAACUUCAUCGCCUUCAGUUUGUGGAAAUUUUACAGAAAAAGCGUAGAGAUGAAGCUCUUAAUUAUGCUAAAACUUUUUUGGCUCCUUUUGCUAAGAGUCACAUGGCUGAGUUCCAGAAGCUUAUGGGCUGUCUGUUGUGGGCUGGAAAGCUUGAUGCUUCACCAUAUGCUGAAUUGCUGUCCCCAGUGCACUGGGACAAGUUGUCUGAGGAGCUUACCCGGCAUUUCUGCAAUUUAAUGGGUCAAUCCUUUGAGAGUCCAUUAAGCGUAACGGUUGCUGCUGGAGGCCAAGGUUUGCCAACCCUUCUGAAGCUGAUGAAUGUAAUGACAGGAAAGAAGCAGGAAUGGCAGUCAAUGAAACAGUUACCUGUUCCAGUGGAUUUGGAUAGAGAAUUCCAGUUCCAUUCUGUCUUUGUGUGCCCUGUGAGUCGAGACCAGGCAAGCGAAGAGAAUCCACCCAUGCUUUUGUCGUGCGGGCACGUGCUCUGCAAGCAGUCUAUAACUAAGUUGUCAAAGAGUAACAGUACUAGACCUUUCAAGUGUCCUUACUGCCCCUCUGAGGUUGAGGUAGGUCAAUGCAGGCAGCUGUAUUUCUGAUGUUGACUCCCAACACAUAACCCUGUUGUACUAAAAUCCUUCUUUGGUCAUCCUUUUUUGUUUCACAUGAACUAAAUGUUUUAAUGGUUGUAGCGACACUGGACUCUCGAUAGUAUAGGGUUUGGGUGGUGGGGUGCUUAAAGCGGGUUUCUUCUGGUAUACUGUUGGGCUGGAACGGGUGUAAAUAGAUAUUCUUUGCACAUUCAUUAUUAUCAGUAAGAAGGCCUACCUUGAUAGUAUUUUAAAUUUUAA